UGUCGCGGUUGCCGAGGUUGGCGGCACUGGGGCGGGGCGGGCUAAGCCACCUCGCCCGCCCAGUCCAGCUCCGGCAGCGUUGCCAAGCGGGCGGGAGCAGCGUGCGGCGCGGAGCGAGUCAUGCGGCGUGUCGGCAGCUAGCGGCGGUUGUGCGUGAGUGCGCGAGUGAGUGUGUGCGCGCCCAUGUGGCGGCCAUGUCGGUGCGAGUGACCGGGGUGUGCCUGCUGCCGCCCGGGGACGGAGGCGGCGGCGGCGGCGUCGUGCAGGCGCCAGUCGUCAGGCCCGCCGUGGCCAUAGUGGCGCCGCAGCGCAGCAACUCCCUCGACUAUCUCAACUUCGAGGAGAAGCGGCAGCUGAUCGCGUCGUCGCUGUCUCUCUCCGACUUCCUCGGCCCCCCGGCCAAGGCCCAGCCCGCCAGCAAGGUCGCAGGGAAGAAGCAGAACGGCUCGGCGCUGCGCACCAACAGUCUCGGCUCCGGGACUCGAACCCCGCCCCUCGAGCGCAAGGCGAGCAGCAAGUUCUCCGCCUUCGGCCGCCUCUUCAAGCCCUGGAAGUGGAAGAGGAAGAAGAAGUCCGACAAGUUCGAGGCCGCCUCUCGUUCUCUGGAGCGCAAGAUCUCUGUGCGAGCCAACAGAGAUGAACUGGUCCAGAAGGGCAUUCUCAUGCCCGAGUCCGCAGCCUCUCCUGUGCUGGAGUCAGGUUCCGAGGUGGCCUUGUUCCCACCCGCCGGGGCGCAGCCCCUCCUCCUCCCCCUGCCCGUGCCUCAGCAGCCUCAGCAGCCUCAGCAGCCGCCGCCCAGCCCUGCGCCCGCCACAGAACCGAAGAAGGAUAAGACUGAGCAGGCGAAUGGGUCGGUGUCGCCGAGUGGGGAGCCCCCCGGGGGGUCGUUGCCCCCUCCCGGAGGGGGGCCGCCCGCCCCGGAGCCGCGACCCGAGCGGCCGUCGUCCCUGGGGCCCGGCAAGCUGACCCGCCGGCUGCUGUGCUACCACAGCGACCACUGCAUGUCGCACAGCUCGCCGCCGCGCCAGUCUGCCCUCUCAGGCGCAGAGACCCAGGCCGUGGGCACGCCGCCCCCCACGGAGCGCCAGCCGCACCCCAGCGCCCUCACGCUGGCCGAGCUGCCCGAACCGCCCAUCCCCGUGUCGGAGAUCGGUCCCAUCCCCCCGCCGCCCAUGUUCAGCUCCCCCAGUCCCACCGUGCUGCCGCGGCAAGGGCAGCCGCCCCCGCUCGACCUGUCCGACUACAUGUACCAAGAGCAGGAUGACGCGGACGGGGAGUGCGACGACGAUGAGGACCACUUCUCGUUCCGCGUGCCGCAGCCCGACCCCAGCAUAGACACGUCCCGCGUGGAGGAGAUACCCGCCAAGGAGCCCAAGUUCCACGCCGUCCCGCUCAAGUCCGCGCUCAAGAAGAAGGGGGGCGGUGGCAGCGCCGGCUGCACGCCUCAGGGCACGCCCACCCAGGAGAGCCGGCCGCUCGCCAUGCGCCAGGAGCACACCGUCUCCUUCAAACGCCCCUCCUCAAGACCAAGAGUGAGGAUAAGUGUGUUCGACCUGUCCAGCAGCCGGCCGGUCAGGUUCGGCAUCGCCCUGCCCAGCUGCACCGUGGAGAACAAGGAGAACACUCGGCCGUACGUCAUCCGCGAGGACGGCGACGGAGACUCCGGCGACGGCCCGGUGCUCUACCGCAACGACCAAGACGAUGACGAGGAAAGUACGUACGGUACGGAAAAAGGUCGACUGGCUGCGAAGAUCGCGCGGAAGGACAGCCUCGCUCUCAAGCUGGCAUUGCGCCCGAACCGGCAGGAGCUUAUAGCACGCAACAUCAUUCGCGAGGAGAGCGAUAACGAGCGUAUGGAGACCAAGGAGGCGAUAGGGGCACGCCUCAUCAGGCGGCUGAGCAUGCGGCCAACUCAAGAGGAGCUGGAAGAAAGGAAUAUCCUAAAAAAGCAAAGUGCAGCAGAGGAGAAGAAGAUGAAAGAAGAAAAAAAGAGGAUGUUGCUGCGAAAGCUUAGCUUCAGGCCAACCGUGGAAGAACUAAAGGAAAAGAAGAUAAUUCGCUUCAAUGACUACAUUGAAGUGACGCAAGCGCAUGAGUACGACAGGCGUGCGGACAAGCCCUGGACGCGGUUGACGCCCAAAGACAAGGCUGCCAUCCGCAAGGAGCUGAAUGAGUUCAAAAGCUCGGAAAUGGAAGUCCACGAAGACAGCCGGCACCUGACGAGAUUCCACAGGCCAUGACAGCUGCAAGGAAUAGGUAAAGAACAUGGUUGUUUUGAAACAGCAGAAAAUCAUUGGCGGCAGCUCAAGACAAUUUUAGUGCCAGAAAUCAUUUUAAAAAACUAUUGCCAACAAGUGUGUGAAGAGAUGAGAAUGAACUCGUAUGAACUAAAUAGCUUUUUUCUCCUCUUUGUUACGUGAAGCUCACCACCUCUGUUGGACAUUUAAUUCUUUCUAUGCAUAAAUGAAGUUCUAUUUUGUUGUGCGUGUGCAUCUGAAUCGAACAAUUUUUUUAAUAUUUUUCUUCUGUACAUAGUAGCAUUAUUUGCAAUAUUUGCAUUUGACCAUUUUUAAACGUGAAUGGUGCGACAAAAAAGUAGUGCGUUUUAGGAGCACGUGUUACGUUUUUCAUUGUUGGUUCUUAGGCGUAACACAAUAGUUUCCUGUUGUUUUUUCGAAGCGACCUUAUGAAUUAAAAGAAAUAUGCUAUUUUUCACACAUACCACAGUAAAUGGUCUAAAUGUAUGUAACUGUGUAUGUUUAUCUGUUGAGCGUCAACCUUCGUGUAGUUUCCUUCAGUUAAAUUUUGUUAAUUGGUAUAGAGAAAAAACACCUCAUACCAUUGAUAAAGUGGUACAAAGCAAGUGACAAUGUUUUCAUCAUCAUGACUGCAGUCUUUCAUUAUAGGUGAGGAAGUUUCGUGUUUCUUAUUAUUGUAAAUAAUAUUCUUGAGCAACCAUAAACCAUCUUGGAUUGCUAAGUAAAUGUGAUAUGAAUGAAGUGUGAUCUUUGUUUUGCCGUCUGAUUUAAAAUUCUCUACUGCAAACUGUGGCAUGAGAACAAUUUUUUAUAUGAGACGAUAUAAUUAUUCCAAAAAUAUAUUUACAUAACAGUAUUGUCUAUCAUUUCUUAUGACUGAAGUGUGAUCAUGCAAAAUAGUGUUCCAUUCAAAAGUUAUACCUAAUACUUAAGUGUAGGAAAAUAACAAGUGAAUAAUCCAGUCAUUAAAAGUAGAAAACAAUUAGGUUUCUUAUUGUUACUAGUACAUGCUGCUUAUUUAAAUGCUUACUUUCGUUAGGUGUUUUGUAUCCAUGGAAACCAAUUCCGGUAGACAAAAAUGUAACCUUACUUUAUUAAGGCUGUCAGUACUGAGGCCAAAGUUCUUUAUCGAUGAAGAAUUGGUUGGUACGUAAUUUCUUUUUGUUAACAAUUUUUAAGUUAAGUAUUUUAAUAAUUGUGUGUCUACUCUAUUUUUAAAUGUAAAAUUUUCAGGUUAUUAGGAUAAAAGUGCAUUAACUAGUGAUUCGAUAAUUCAGAACCAAAUGUUACAUUUUAAAAAAGCAUUUAUAUGGAUUGCUUACAAUGGUAAAAAUUGUGAUCGAAUUGAAAAAGCUUGUUUGUUGGCGAAUGAAAACUACUGUUGUGCACUUUUCCUGGUAUGCUUUGUGAGCAACAUUUUGGGCAUGUGGCAAUAACGAUAAAGAGUUUGGUUUGCACUACUAGCAUUGGCGUGUUGAGUGCAAACACAGCUCCCAGUGGAUGCUGCAGAUGAAAUAAUAUAUAUAUAUAUAUAACUAUAUCUAUUGAAACAGAACUUUAGUAAUGUUCAAUGUUUGUGUUUUUAUAAUUUUUUUUUUACUCCUAAGUUAAAUACUUAUUAAUGAUAGUUUGUAAUUUUUUUUAAAUUACGGCACUGAUAUUUUAUGUACAUUAAAUGAUACACAAUGAAUAUCACAGCUGUGUAGAAAAGAUUUGCUACUACAUAUUUUCUAACUAAAAAAAAAAAAAAAGAAAUAUUAUGUUCUAGUAUUUGAUAAACAUCUAGGAAUACGCAUGGUUAAUGUAUUUACUAGCAAUAGAUUACCCACGGUGCAGUUCUUGUUAGAUCAUUAUCUAAUUGUUUCAAUUUUCAGGCUAAAACUUGUGUUACCUGUUUUGGCACCUGUAGAAAUUUUGUGAAGGUUUCUCCAAACUGAAAUUUUGUUUUACAAAAACUAAUUUUUUUUGAGAUGUAUUUUGUAAAGUGUAUACGAUAAUAAUGCUAGGUAAGAGUAAAUUGUUUCAAACUUAAUUUCAAGCAUCAAAUGACAGUAUACAGAAAUGAAAUUAGAUUAUUCUUGUUUACUUGAGUCUUGUAAAUGCAUGCACAAACAUAAAAUUAUCGUGACUUGUGUAUAGCAAGUUACAUCAAUGAGUAAGUACUGUAUAAUACUGAAAUUAUUUUUACGUCUAUCAUGUACGAAGUCAUUGGGAGCUGUGUUAAUAUAAAAUUGUAUAGCUUGAAGUGGGUGUUAAUAGGUUUUAUAAUCUGUGGUUUUUUCAAAAACAAAAAGUGGUUUUUCUGUCCAACCAAUGGAGCUUGUAAAAUGCUUUGUACAGUUUGUUACAUAAGUGUGCUACUGUCUCUUAGAACAUGUAACUGAAUAAAACUGUAACUAUGUA